AAAGGGGGGGCUAGCCGGGGAAGCGGUACGCAUGCGCACGGGGAAGGACCCGGUGUGAGGGAACUCUAGGACGCGCGUUGUCGUGGAGGAACCCGAGACCAUAGAGAGCGGCCUUGGAGAAGGCGAGCUGCGGGUGGAGAGCAUGGCCGCGCUCAUCGUUAGACGCUUCUCAUCUCGCCCUCUCCGCCUCCUCCCUGUGUCGAGGCGCGGCUAUCGUGGGGAUUCGCCCUCGGACUCUGGCCGGGACCUGCUGGAAAUUCCGCUGCCGCCGUGGCACCGUCGGCCCCAGGAGCCCUUGGCGACCAAGCGCGCCAGACUGCUGUACGAGAGUCGCAAGAGAGGCAUGCUGGAAAACUGUCUUCUGCUUGGUUUCUUUGCCAAAGAAAACCUGAAUAGAAUGAAUGAACAACAGCUGGACCUUUAUGAUCGCCUGAUUAACGAGCCUAGUAAUGACUGGGAUAUCUACUACUGGGCAACAGUUGGUAAAACAAGGCCUUUUUUGUUGUUGCUGUUUGCCAUCUAGGGAUCAAUUUAUUUUAUAAGCAAAGCCAGUUCCAGAAGUCUUUCAGAAUGAAGUCAUGGAGAUGCUUAGGGAGUUCACCAGAAACAAGAACAGAGAGCAAAGGCUGCAACAACCAGACUUGGAGUAACUGUUUAAAGCUCCAUACUGAACUUGUGUGGCAUUCUUCUGAUUGUAGAUGGGCUUUGUAGAACCAUAAAUGUUGGAGUUUGUACCUCUCUGUAAAUAUUUCAUGCUGUAAAUUUUCCAGUUGAAGAAUAGCCAAUGGAGUCAUGUUUUCCUCCUGUAAUAGAGCUUGAGCCCUUUUUUCCUGAAGAGGAGAGUCACUGAGAAGAUCUGUAGGCACUUUGGUUUCUGGCCUACGAAGUGCCAUCUAACAGCAGGGUUAUUCAUUUAGGAAUUCUGCUGUUAAUUUAUUGAUAAUUUUAACUGAAGUGUUAGGUUGCUCGAUCCUUGGACAGGGUUUAAUAUUAUACAAUAGACUCCCCCCC